AAUCUGAUUGACAAGAGAACAGGGGUUCGGAUGUUCGACAAGAAGUCGUUGGCUUUGAUCGAUAGACCGACCGAUGAGGUCGAGAGUAUUGUACGGCACGUCUGCUUUCACUGCGAGAAGAGAUACCAUUCAAGGAAUGACUAUAAGAAACAUCACUCGAAGCGUCACUUCAAAGAUGGCAAAGCAAUGAAUGGCAUUAAAUACAGAAAGAUUGUUGAAAAACGAGACAAUGGAUUCCAUUUGGAGUCAAAGGAUACCAAUCAUAAGACCAAACAUAAGAAAACCAAACACUUGUCUUCCAGUACUUCAUUGUCGGCUUCAUUGGAUCCAAGCCUUAAUCCAAAAGUGAAGAAAUUGAAGCUGAAGUUGAAACCAAAAGCUGUUCCACAUGUGGUGGCAGACAAUGAAUCGAUAACUCCAUCCACUUCUUCGUCAGUGGACAGUGAAAGUGGUAGCGAAAGGACUGGCAUGAGAUGGGUUCCUCAGUGUCAGAUCUGCUCAUUCAUGCCAUUAGUGGACUCAACGAAUAUGAUUGCAAUGCAUAUCACGAAAGAGCACAAUAAGUCCGCUCAAGAAGUCCGCGAUUAUUAUGUUCUCAAACCCUUAAAACUCAAAUCUAAGUCUAAAUCUCACUAACCGUUCACUCAAUCCAUAUAUCAGUUAAAUCUCAUUUGUUUUUCGCUUUUAUUUAUAUGACAUUAGAUGACAUUAUCUGAAUCCAUGCUCUAAGC